UAGAUAGCGGCCUAUCCAGAUCAGAUAACCUAUCCUCAUCACCCGACAUUCUUAUCACCUUGCUCGGGAAAACGAGUGUGAUGUAUCCUGCGUUCAAUCGCGUCCAAUCCUUUUGUUCCUCCGAAGAUAUCCUUGUGAGUGAGGCCUUUGACGACUUUUUCAACAUCUGGCGCCCGAAGAAGACGGCAGCCGAAAAGGAAACUCAAAGGCAGAGAUCGCUCGAUCUGCAAGCAGACAUUGAUCGACGCCUUGAGCUUGAUUUGUGUCCCCCACGACCCCCCUGUCGUUCGCGUCGGCAGUCUUUGGACCCGACAAUGUGCCGGCUCACUGAUGCGGUCGUCGCGAGCUCGGAACCGAGCGACAGCAAUGACGUGGAGAGGACUGGGGAUGCUCAGCCCGCUGCGCCAAAGCCUACUGCCCCAACGGCCGAGGUGACAGCUCAAGCUGAACGGGACAGCGACGACGAUGACGACGCUGAUAGGAGCGGUCAUGGCCAACCUGCUGCAUCGUUUGCCGAUGUCGUCCAAGCCAGAAAGGCGCAGAGGAAGUUGAACAAAAAAGAAAGAAAGAAGAGGCAGGCUAAGAAGCCCGCGAAGAAAACGUCAGGUGGUCCUCAUCAUCAGAUGACGGCGGCGGCGGCGGCGGUGGCUGCUGCUGCUGCUCCUUCUCCUCCUUCUCCUCCGCCUCCUCUUUUUCCGCCUCCUCCUCCCCCUUCUUCACCUCCUCCCUCACCUCCUCCCCCACCUCCUUCCUCACCUCCCUCUACUCUGCCUCUUCUUGUUGCUUCCACUGCUGAUGACAGUGACGGCCUGGUAGCGCAGCAGCAAGUCACAGGCGCGGAGACUCAAUCCAUUCAGAUCCAAGUGCCGCUGUCUCCUCCACCUCCAUACGCCACUUUACCUCCCGGCCUUUUCGAAGCCGGUCGAACUCAGCUCGUUCCAACAGCGGUGAAUCCGUCCUGUUUUUCCCCAGCGCCUUCGGAUGUUAGCUCCACAACACUCUCAGCGACAGAGCCCCCGAUCGUAUCCUUACCUCCGCCCUACGUCAGUUCAGACUCGGCCGAGGCUAGCCAGGCUUUGGUCUAUGAUGACGUGGGUGCAUCACAUUCCAGAGACUUGGAUUCGCUUACAGCGACUCAAAAGUCGGAAAGCACUCACUCUUUUCAAGAAUCGGAGCCACGAAGUUCGUCUACCACUGACGCAAGUACUUUUGUGGUGACAUUGACCGAAGCAAAUCCCGAUGUGGUGCAAGAUCCCGAUCCUGACGUCUUGAAUUCAUGUGUAACAACUCAAAGCACGGAAAGCACUCAACAACUGCAAGCGCCGAAGCCACGGACCGCGUCACCCACGGAUGACAGUAUUCUAGUAACGCAGUUGACCGAGACCAGCGUCGAAAGCUUGGUAUCAUGCUCCACAGAACUUGAAGAUUUUCCCGGGAUCAUUGGGAACCCAAACAAUGAACAUGACAAUUCAUCGCCCGAGACACCCGCUGACUUGGUUGCUGCCGAAGAAGAUGCUUGCGUGUCGCCAAGGGAGCAGCAGCAGUCUAAUGAGGAAGAGCACUGCACAUUUGUUUGCAACAUCUGCGAGCAGGAAGCCAAGAAUGCGCGAUGUGAUCAACAUGAUCAGGAGAUUUGUUCCUUCGAAACUAACUGUUGCGUGCAUACGCCAAGAUCAACAGGUUGUGCUUGUCCUCCUAGGAAAUCAUGUUGCUGUUUACAUUUCAUGUCGCAUUGUCAACAUGGAAUAUCAGAGAUUGCAUCCGAGUCAGUCGCACCGAGUUCUUGCUUACCAAAGGACAUCGAAGAGACUAUUCAGGACAAAGCCCAUACGGCCCAGGAACAAGCCGGUGAGACGUCAAAAGUUAUCGAUCCGCCCGAAGAAUUAAGAACAACGGAUAGCCUGUCGACCUAUUUUCUGGGAAUCUACCGCGACCAAAUAUUGUGUGACUUCGGCAUUGAACUUUUGAGGAAAGGCGACUCUGAGUUUGCCUGUGCCUUGCUGGCACAUCGACUUAUAAUGAUGCGAAGCCCGUCACUUGCUGUCAUACUGAAAUUCCCCGCAUACAUGGAAGGGUAUAACCAAAUCAUCGCGGUCUUCGGUGAGAAAGUCGGCAUGAUGCAUGGUUUUGAGAUGGCUCUCAAAUAUCUGUAUGGUGCACCACUCUUAGACGGACAACUUCUCCACCAGAAAACAAUUGAGUUACUGGGAUACACGGAGGCGACAUACGGCGAGCUCUCGUUUCCAUUUGGCAGCGCCAAGGCCGAGUUGGCAUACUCCUAUGCCGUGGCUGGAGCAUGUCUGCAAAUUCCGGACGUCAUCAAAGCUGGGAUUGAACUGACCAUCUCUAUGAUCAGCUGGGAGGCCAUCGACGAGAUCCUGCAGUACAGUAUCCGGCCCGAAGACUACCUCAUCACCUUGAAAGCGUUUAUCAGCUUCGACCUCGAGGCGCCGUCGCUCGGGACGCCCACGGCCAGCACGCCCGGAGCACAGGAUUUCAAGAAAAGUUGGGCUCCGCAAGUAGUCAGGGCCUGCCUGGAGUAUAUGGUUGACCACCUGCCACCCAAUUUUGAGUUUCACUGCAGCAAGCCAAGGCGAAACAUGACCACUCCCCCUCCAACGGAUUCUGAGUACAUAUGGCCCGAUUAUGAGGACUACACAGCCUCCUGGAUUCUGGCAUCUUUGCCGUACCCAUAUCUCCAGGAAGCUUUUGGACUCCUUCGGGACCGCGGCUUGCUGUCGAUCAAGAUGGCACAUGCCGUCCUGCUCGAGCGAGAGGUCAACCGCCUCCAGGGGCUCUUGCUUUGGCUCAGGAGCGGGCACUCAACGUCGCAAGAGGAGAUGAUUCCCGAGCUUGAGGCCUUGGGGUAUCAAGAGACGUUGACUGUCAUAUCGAGGGAUCCAAGAACAGGCUCGCCAAAUGUCGGCGUGGACAGGGUAUGGGUAGGCUUCAACGCUACUGCGUUGCCAGUUGUGCUCGAAUCCACCGCCUCUGGCAGCAACUGAUCUCGGUCCAUUGUCCACUCGGCCUGGUUUGCUUUUGGCUGCCUUCUGAAUUCGAUGGAACUCAUUGAGCCUCUGUCUUAGGAGUGAUUUUGGCUUGGACUUGAUGAGAUAGAGGUGAUGGAUCGGGUGUAAUUGGGCUGGAGAAAUGCACAAGAGGCCGAGGGGAGAGCUGAAUUGGUUAACUGUUUAACACUUUGAAGUCUAGCCCAAGCUGUGAGAUUUUCCAUUUUCCCAUCAUUUCAUCGGUGUGUGUGCCAGGUCUUUCGCCUAAGGCUCGCUUACUGCGUUUGUUCACUGUGGGCUGAUGGAACGAACACAUGUCAACUCUCUUGUUUAGGAAAGCCCCUCUUUAGUUAAAAUGGACAGAGACCAACUGUUGUACAAUACCAUACAGCGGAAUUGAAUCAAAG